CCGAAUGUUUCCCGCCUGAAAUAUGACGCUGUGUUCGUGGCUUGCAUGGCCAUGGUGGCUUGAUUCGAAAAUAGUGUAGUAGAUCGUAAUAAAAUGGAAGAUAACGUUGAAAUGUACCAACAAACCGUAGCUUCAGAAUUGGAUUGUUUACAAUUGGAUAAACUUGAAACAGAAUGGAUAAAGGAAGUGAUCGACAACGACUUUUUGCAGUGUCAAGACAUUCCACUGCUUUAUGAUGAAAUUCUGGAAGAAUGCCAUAUCACUUCACGAUUAAUUCAUUUACAGAAAGCUUUUUUACUGUGGUUAGAAUCAAAUAAGGGAUCAUCUGAGGAUAGUGAGGUUUCUACAGCUACGAGACAGUCACUAGGUAGUUCACUGAUGCCAGAAAAUAACUCAGCUGCUGUCAACACCAACCUUACAAACAAUGGGUCCCGCUUCUGGAGUUUUCUGUUUCAAGAGAAAAAAGUUAAUAUCCAAAGUCUUUUAGCUCUCAUUGGUUUUUUUAUUGACAGAGGUUCAACACUUUCCAGCACCCAUGAAGAACGCCAAAGAUGUUUUGAAGCUGCCAAAAUGUACUUGACAAUUAUAUGCAUACCGGGGAGCAUGGCUUUCAGAGUCUUUCAUCAAAUGCUCUAUAUGAAGGCAUUGCAACUUGUCCAACUAUAUGUGCAGACUAGAAAAUAUGCACAGAAAAGUGCACUACAAUCUCAACAAGCUAAGAAAGGUCACAAGCAAACACAGCCUGUAGCAGAAUUUGAAGAAGAAGAAGGAGAAGCUCCGAUUGGACCAGAGGAAAUAGCUGCUGUUGAAAAAGCCAUGUCAAGGUUUUUGGAUGCUUUAUUUUUGGUUGCUCAGCAUCUCUCCUUCAAACGAUAUCCCAACAUUUUAAAAGAAACUGUUGAAUGCAUACUACCAAUUAUCAACCUAGAUAGGGGAGCAGUGAGUUUGAAGGCUCUUGAAAUCAUACACAACUUCUGCAAUCCACUUCAUGGUGAUGCUGUCCAAACUGUCCAUCACGUCUUUGUACAUAUUUUACCGUACCUGGUGCUUGAUCCAAGUGAAAAAGACUUAAAUAACAAGAAUUUGGUGGCCUUAAAAGACAUCAGCUUCAAUUUAGUCAACAGCUUCAUCUCCAAGUUCGGAGAGAUCAUUUACCCUCUCGUGCAUGGACUUAUUAAACACGUUUGUGUCGAAGUCGUCGAUAGAGCAGAGUAUCGUCAUAAAACAGCCCAAACAGCUCUAGAUUUGCUCCAACUUAUUCCAGAAGAGCACCGACAAGGGACUAUCCGUUGGUUCCUAUUACUUGCUCACACGGAGCAAGCCUUCCUUCGUCUGUUUUCUUUGGAAAUACUGUCAAUUCUAUUGCAAAACGGCCAAAUUGACAUGCUCACUUUUGCUGUUAUCUUUGGCCAAUGCUCCGAUCAGUCAGCAACUGUUAGAGCCAAAGCACUUUCCAUACUGGGUGAAUGUAUCGAGUCGAACGAUCGCUCUGUUGUUGAAAUAUUCGACAUAAUUUUUAGUGAAGAAGUAGAUAGACAAACAACUGGCGCCGAAGAAUUAGAGGAAGAAUCUGACAUUGUGGAAAUUUUGCAAGGAGAGGAGCCCAUCAACAUUACUGCUGCGCUUUUGCCUAAAGCAUCUGCUAUUAUGAAUCUUCUCAAGGAGCGUGCCGUCGACGAAAAAGUCCAUGUGCGUAAGAAUGCCCUGCAAUUGCUGCUCUCGGUCACUCGACGACAUAGACGCUAUCUUACUCAAGAUCUUCUUAAACUCCUUGGAAAUGCGUGCCGUGACGUCGCUAUGCUCAUUCGUCGCAAUUCAGCUCAAAUGAUGACAGAUCUUUUGUGCGAACACUCAGAAAAUGAAGCCGUUCAAAAAAUAUGGGCUCGAUCGGUACUACCCUUGGUAAUCGAUGGUGAGACGCGUGUGCAAGAGAAAGCACUUGAAUGUGCUGAUCAGUUCGUAUUGCGAUCAUUGGUCGGGAAUGACAGCCAGAAAGGUUGGAUUCUUUUAGAAGUCAUCAUCGAACUAGGUUUGGACAUCUAUUUGAGCAAAGCCGUCGAAAUGUGGUCUCGUCAACAACAAAUUCCAGCUCAACUUUUACGGACUCUACUUUCAAACUCCGAGCAGCGUCCCCGAGCUGCACUAACUCUCGUCGCAAUUUUCGCUCGCCAUGCGACCAUUGACAACAACGUCAAGAAAUUUGCCCUUGAUUAUUUGCAAGAAAACAUUGGAUCAACAAAUUCGGUGAAUGUUUAUUGUAUACAGCAAGUAUACAAAGUCAUUGGAGCAACUCUACCUAGCAUGAGCAAGGAGAAUGUACAAACUAUACGUGAAAUUUCAAGCCGCUUCGUUGCCAAUUCGCAAUUAUCUACAAACGUGAUUGCCACUGCUUGCGACAUGAUAGUGUUUUGUAUUCAGCAGCAAGUGGCCGAUGAAGACAAAGCACGCAAAGAAGCUGCUGAAUGGGCAGGGGAAAUUAUAUCCAGUUCCGGUGAAUUUCUUAGCAUCCAUCUCAGAAAACAAGAAAAUGUUUCGCCAGAAGAGGAAGAACAAUUGGCACGACGGAUUCUCACUCUAGGCUGUGUUGGCCUGCACUGUCCACAACAAGUAAACAAACGACACUUCUUGCUGUUGCAACACGCUGCUUUUCAACCAGAGAGUGGAGUCGAUGCUCCGAUUCCUUUUUCACAGCCACAGUCACAACCCAAACGAAAACUUCCUCCACGUUUACAAGCAGCCGCUGUUAUUUCGCUGGGUAAACUCAGCGUUCAACAUGAAGAGAUGGCUAAGCGGCUCAUUCCUGGUUUGGGUCGUUUACUCGAGACGACGCCACAUGAGGCUGUCCGCAACAACAUCGUAUGCUGUUUGUGCGAUUGGGUUAUCCGUUACGCGACAGCCAUCGAUCCUGUUAUGCCUCAAGUAACGGCCUGUUUACGUGACCCAACUCCCGCUGUGAGGAAACAAACCCUUGUCUUACUGAUUCACCUUCUCCAAGAAGACUAUCUGAAGAUCCGGGGCACAUUCUUUUUCCGCAUCCUGCAGCUGGCAUGCGAUGACGAUGAAAGUUUACGAGACCUGGCUCUUUUUUAUGUUACCCAGCGUUUACUCCAUAGACAACCUACCAUUAUCCAGCAACACUUCAUUGAAUGUGUGUUCCAUUUUAAUGACUACAAGGGUCACCCAACGUACAACCGAUAUGCUUUAACGGAUCGAGAGAAAAAACUAUUUUCCAUUGCUGGCCAACAACAUACCCGUCGUCGAUUUCAGAUCUACCAGUUUAUGCUUCAGAAUUUAGACGACGAGGCGAGAUUUCAGCUUACAUUCCGACUUACACGCGAUGUGCUCCAUGGUGUUGUUGAAGAAGUUAUGUCUCUCAAAAACGCUUCCACUGAGGCUGUGUUGAAAGAUGCCCUGGCUGUACUAUCCUGCGACGACAUCAAACUAGCCUCUCUGUCAGCUUCAACGGAUGACGAUCCGGUAGAGAAAGAAGACAUAGCUCAAGCUAUCGUUCAGUCCACAAAAAAGGCUAUUAUCGCGCAGGUCGUAAAACGGAAUGUUAUCGAAAACAUUGUACCGAUUGUUGUAGCUUUGAAGCGCAAGCUAGCUGCUAAUAAAUCCUCACUGAUGGGCAACUUAAUGGUUUUUCUACGAGAGUUAAUGAAGGACUAUAAAGAUGAGAUCCAAGAAAUCUUAGCAGAAGAUCGCCAGCUAAUGGCUGAAAUUGAUUUCGACAUCAAACGUUUUGAACAACAAGAGAGGAUGGAAGCCGAAAUGCCAACACCCCGAGUAGAUCGAACCAUACCACCCCCAGAAUUAGUUAAUCCGCGUGAGGAUGAGCAAGUAAGAGUUCAAUCGAAUGACAGGCGAAGUCUAGCCAAUAAUCGUACACUAAGGCCUUCAGACAAGCCAGUGGAGACUCCGAUAAAAUCAAAUGCAAUCCCUAAAACAACCGAACAAGUCGUUGAAAAAAGUCCAGUAGAAGAAGCGCUAUCAACAUCAUCGGAACCACAAGAACCGACCAAUAAGUCUAGAAGGUCCACAAGGAAAACACAAGUUUCAUUCGCUAAUGACAGUGCAAGAUUGAAUGGAGAUCCAGUCGAGCAAGUGCCAUCAGUAGCCGAUACUUCUGUUCCCUUCGUACAACCAAGCGUGGAUAAGUUACCUCCUAAAAAUGUGGCAGUGAAACGUCUUCUAGCAUCCAGAAUUAUGAGUACUCCCAUUCGAAACGUUCCAGUCGACGACGUCAGUUUUCAAAUACGAGACGUUGAUUUGAGCAACAUUCAUUUACCGGAUCAUGAAAAUAAUCAAGCCGAUUCUUUACCCGAGCUCGAAUCUACUCCGAAAAGGAAAUCCAAAAGAAGAAGAUGUAAUUGAAGUUCUUUUAACUAACGUUGGUUUUAAAAUAAAUUGCAAUAAAAUCUUGUCAAAUGUUUUGAA